UCUCUCUCUCUCUUUUAGGCCUCUUGUUAAAAUGAGCAUCACUUGGAGGAAAGACGGCGUAGUGGUCAAUACAGGAAUCAGGGAUUUUGGUCGCAGGCUUGUGAUCAGUUUGCCUGCGGUCAGAGAUAGCGGCUACUAUGAGUGCGAGGCAUCUCUUCGCAGUAGCAGUGUCCCCUCGGUCACCGCUGGCGCCUACCUGCAUGUUCUUGAAUAUCCUGUGUUCAUAAAAGAGCCACCAAGUCACAUCACCGCAGAAAUGGAGAAGGUGGUAGAUAUACCCUGUCAGGCACGAGGAACGCCUCAGCCAGACAUUGUGUGGUAUAAAGAUGCAGUGCCUAUCAGCCCAGUGAAGAUCCCCAGGUACAAGGUGCUGGUUGGAGGCAGCCUGCAGAUCAACGGCCUCCUGCCGGACGACACUGGGAUGUUUCAGUGCUUCGCCCGCAAUCUCGCAGGAGAAAUCCAGACAAACACCUACUUGGCCGUUACAAGUAUUGCUCCCAACAUCACCGCUGGCCCCUCUGACAGCGCGGUGAUUGAUGGCAUGUCAGUCAUUCUGCAUUGUGAGACCUCAGGAGCCCCGCGCCCAGCCAUCACCUGGCAGAAAGGUGAACGCGUCUUGGCUAGCGGCUCAGUCCAGCUGCCUAGGUUCACCCUGCUUGAGUCAGGCAGCCUGCUCAUAAGCCCCUCCCACCUGUCUGAUGCCGGUACCUACACCUGCAUGGCCAGCAACUCGCGGGGCAUUGAUGAGGCCUCAGCUGACCUCGUGGUGUGGGCACGUACCCGCAUCACUAAACCACCGCAAGACCAGAGUGUCAUCAAGGGAACCAAGGCUGUCAUGACCUGCGGCGUGACCCACGACCCCAGCGUCACCAUAAGGUAUGUGUGGGAGAAGAGCAGCUCGGUGAUUGACGUGAACUCGUCGCCCCGCCUGCGCCUGGAUCCUGACGGGACCCUCCACAUCUCCCAGACGUGGUCGGGCGACAUCGGAACAUAUACCUGCAGGGUGACCUCGGUGGGGGGCAACGAUUCCCGUAGUGCCCACCUCCGAGUCAGGCAACUGCCUCAUGCUCCAGAGAACCCGGUGGCGAUCCUGAGUAGCACAGAAAAGAGAGCCAUUAACCUCACGUGGGCCCAGGCCUUCGAUGGCAACAGCCCGCUGAUCCGGUAUACCAUGGAGGUCUCUGAAAACAAUGCCCCUUGGACGGUACUGUUGGCUAACAUUGAGCCUGAGUCGACAGGGGUGGUUGUCGGCGGCCUCAUCCCAGCACGUUCCUACCAGUUCCGCCUGUGUGCUGUCAACGACGUCGGCAGAGGACAGUUCAGCAAAGAGACGGAUCGACUAACUCUACCCGAGGAGCCUCCCAGUGCACCACCUCAAACUGUCAUCGCAAGUGGCCGCACCAAUCAGUCUAUAAUGAUCCAGUGGCAGCCACCCCCAGAGAGCCAUCAGAAUGGGCCUCUUCAAGGCUACAUCAUCAGGUAUUGUCUGUCAGGGCUUCCAGUCGAUUGUCAGAUGAAAAACAUCACCAACCCUGACCAGAGCAGCCUGCUCCUGGAGGACCUCAUCAUCUGGACAAACUAUGAGAUUGAGGUGGCAGCCUACAACGGAGCAGGCACAGGCGUCUAUAGCCAUAAAGUCACAGAGUGGACCCUGCAAGGAGUGCCCACUGUGCCACCGGGAAACGUACAAACUGAAGCUGUCAACUCCACCGCUGUGCGUUACACCUGGAGUGCCCCAAGUCCUCAGUUUAUCAAUGGAAUCAACCAAGGAUACAAGCUCUUGGCAUGGGAACCCAGUCGCUCUAACGAGGUCACGGCGGUUAUGGUGCGGCCCAACUUUCAGGACAGCGUGCAUGUGGGUUACAUCUCUGGCCUUAAAAAGUUCACAGAAUACUACACUUCGGUGUUAUGCUUCACUACCCCUGGAGAUGGGCCCCGUAGCCCCCCUCAGCGGUUACGAACACAUGAGGAUACCCCAGGCGCUGUAGGACACCUUAGUUUCACAGACAUCCUGGACACGUCAUUAAAGGUCAGCUGGAAGGAGCCACAAGAGAAAAACGGCAUCCUUACAGGGUAUCGUAUCUCCUGGGAGGAGUUCAACAGGACCAACACCAGAGUGACCCAUUACUUGCCCAACCUGACUCAGGAGUAUAAGGUUACAGGACUCACUGCACUCACUACUUACACCAUUCAAGUGGCAGCCAUGACUUCCAAAGGCCAAGGUCAGCUUUCCGCAUCGACCAUAUCGUCCGGUGUGCCUCCAGAGCUGCCCGGUCCUCCCACCAACUUGGCCAUCUCUAACAUCGGCCCACGUUCGGUCAGCCUGCAGUUCAAACCAGGCUAUGAUGGCAAGACGUCGAUUUCUCGCUGGUUGGUUGAAGCUCAGAUUGGUAUAAUUGGGGAAAACGAAGAGUGGCUGAUGGUUCAGGAGCUGGCUAAUGAACCUGAUGCUAGGUCGCUGGAGGUCCUCGACCUAAACCCUUACACUUUUUACAGGUUCAGGAUGCGUCAGGUCAACAUUGUUGGCACCAGUCCUCCCAGUCAGCCGUCCAGGAAGAUCCAGACGCUUCAAGCUCCUCCAGACAUCUCCCCUGCCAACGUGACCCUGCGCACAGCCAGUGAGACCAGCCUGUGGCUUCGCUGGGUGCCUCUUCCAGAGUGGGAAUACAAUGGCAAUCCAGAUUUUGUCGGCUACCGCAUCCAGUACUUCAAAGCGGGAUCAAAAGGGGGCGUUCUGUCUCACGUCAUCAUGGACCGGCUGGAGAGAGAGUUCACCAUAGAGGACUUAGAAGAGUGGACGGAGUACGAGGUCAGAGUUCAGGCUGUCAACGGCAUCGGGUCAGGACCUUGGAGCCAAGCAGUCCAUGGCAGGACCAGGGAGUCUGUGCCGUCCAGUGGCCCCACAAAUGUGUCGGCAUUUGCCACCACCUCCAGCAGCAUCCUCGUGCGCUGGGGAGAAGUCCAAGAGGCAGACCGCAACGGACUCAUCCUGGGCUACAAGGUUGUGUAUAAGGAGAAAGACUCGGACACAGCACCCCACUUCUGGACAGUAGAGGGCAACAACAGUCAUAGUGUCCAGCUGACUGGUCUGGGGAAGUAUGUUCUGUAUGAGAUCCAAGUCCUGGCCUUCACGCGAAUCGGAGACGGAAGGAGCAGCUCGCCUCCUAUUCUAGAGAGGACACUGGAUGAUGUACCAGGGCCUCCGGUUGGCAUUCUGUUCCCUGAAGUCAGAACAACCUCAGUCAGACUCAUCUGGCAGCCCCCUGCACAGCCCAACGGCAUCAUCCUCGCUUAUCAGAUCACCUAUAGAAGAAACUCUUCGAACAGCAACGCUGCCACUGUGGAUGUGCUGAGCCCCAGCGCGCGACAGUACACAGCAACCGCACUGAAACCCGAAAUGGUUUACAUAUUCCGUCUCACCGCUCAGACGCGCAAAGGUUGGGGUGAGGCCGCAGAGGCUCUGGUGGUCACCACGGAGAAAAGAGCUCGGCCUCAACCCACCAGUCGUCCCGUCGUUCCUCAAGAAGAUGUCCAGGCUCGCAGAGUUCUGUUGUCAUGGGAACCAGGCAGCGACGGCCUAUCUCCCGUUCGUUACUAUACAGUGCAGUAUAGAGAGCUGCCGGACAGCAACUGGACAGUUCACUCGGCAUCAGUCAGCCAUGAAACAAACUCCUACAUAGUGGACAGGUUAAAGCCUUUCACCUCCUACCAGUUUCGAGUCAAAGCCACAAACGACAUUGGAGACAGCGAAUACAGCGAGGAGAGCGAGGCCAUUACUACGCUACAGGACACUCCAGACAAAGCCCCGACCAUACUGUCUGUUACUCCUCACACCACCACGUCCGUACUGGUUCGUUGGCAGCCCCCGUCAGAGGAUCACUUAAACGGAGUUCUGCUGGGAUUCAGAGUCAGGUACAGGGAGUUGCACUACGAUCGCCUUCGCAGCUUCUCUGUCCGCACAGUAAACAGUCCGUCUGCAACCUGGGCUGAUUUCACAUCUCCAUACAGCAUCAGAAACUUGACAGAAUCCUCUUUAACCCAGUAUGAACUCGACAACUUGAACAAACACAAGCGCUACGAGAUCCGACUCAGCGUGUAUAAUGCGGUUGGGGAGGGUCCAAGCAGUGCACCGCAGGAAGUGUUUGUCGGAGAGGCGGUCCCAACCGCUCCUCCUCAAAACGUGGUGGUCCAGUCUUCAACAGCUACUCAGCUGGACGUUACCUGGGACCCGCCUCCUCUGGAUGCUCAGAACGGAGACAUACAGGGUUACAAGAUCUACUUCUGGGAGUUUCAGCUCCAGAACGAGACGGAGCGCCUGCGAACUCUCUUCCUGCCAGAGCUCGGGGUGAAGCUUAAAAACCUGACAGGCUACACCACCUACAUGAUCAGCGUGGCAGCCUUCAAUGCUGCAGGGGAUGGGCCACGCUCCCUGCCCACCAGAGGGCGCACUCAGCAAGCAGCACCCACUGCUCCCAGCUACAUCCACUUCAGCGAGCUGACCACAACUUCGUUGAACGUGUCCUGGGGGGAGCCGAAGCAGGCCAACGGCAUCAUCGAAGGCUACCGUCUGGUUUAUGAGCCCUGCACUCCAGUCGACGACUCCUCUCCUCGCACUCCAGGUGUCAGUAAGAUAGUGACGGUGGAUGUAAAGGGCAGCUCUCCUCUAUGGAUGAAGAUCAAAGACCUGGCAGACGGCGUCACUUACAACUUCCGCAUUCGGGCUAAAACGCUCACGUACGGCCCUGAAGUGGAGGCCAACAUCACUACCGGGCCUGGCGAAGGAGCCCCCGGUCCUCCCGGAGAGCCAUUUAUUUCACGAUAUGGCUCUGCCCUCACUCUGCAUUGGACAAGUGGAGAUCAAGGCCGUGCGCCCAUUACGCGAUACGUGAUUGAGGCCAGACCUUCUGAUGAAGGAUUGUGGGAUAUUCUUAUUAAAGACAUUCCCAAAGAAGUGACAUCGUACACGCUCAAUCUGGAAAUGCUUCGAGAAGGGGUCACCUAUGACUUUCGAGUAAUUGCGGUCAACGAUUAUGGCUAUGGCUCCCCCAGUGCCCCGUCCCCUUCCAUAUCAGCCCAGAAAGUGUCUCCUUUCUACGAGGAGUGGUGGUUCUUGGUCGUUAUUGCUCUGGUCGGCCUCAUCUUCAUCCUCCUCCUUGUUUUCAUCCUCAUUAUCCGAGGCCAGAGUAAAAAAUACACCAAGAAAACGGACGGCAACCACUCGAACUGCACCUCGCUUCCUCUGACCCAUGGAGAGAUGGUACGUCUGGAUGAAGGACGCUUCCCUGCCCUGGAGCUCAACAACAGACGCCUUUCUGGGAAAAACUCAUUCUGCCGCAAAAACGGCAUCUACACCCGGUCUCCUCCAAGACCCAGUCCUGGAAGCCUGCACUACUCGGAUGAGGAUGUCAGCACUAAAUAUAAUGACCUGAUCCCGGCGGAAAGCAGCAGCUUGACUGAAAAACCCUCUGAGGUUUCUGACUCUCAGGGAAGCGACAGCGAGUACGAGAUGGAUCAGAGCCGACAGAAGACCCACUCCUUCGUCAACCACUACAUCAGCGACCCCACCUACUACAACUCCUGGCGGCGGCAGCAGAAAGGCGUCUCUCGUCCUCCUGCGUACGGCUACGCCCAGCCCGAGCCCCUCGUGGAACAGGAGUCCCGCCCGCACCCGCCGCCCGUGCCCCCUCUGCCUCCACUCCUUCCCCAGAGCGCCCCGUCCCCGCAGCCCCAGUGCCAGGGCCCGGGCCAGGGCAAUCUGUUCAGGCCCAAGGGAAGCCGGACUCCCACCCCCUCGCUGCUCUCCUCCGACCCCCCCAGCCAGCACAGCACCCUCUACCGGCCCCCCAGCAGCCUGGGCUGUGCCGCUCAGGCACCUACCGCGGGCUUCUCCUCCUUUGUUUGACACACAACUCUCCUCCUAGCAACCACCCUGAGGACAAGUCUUUGAUUUUCUUUGUUGGUUUAUUUAUAUUUUGCUUUUUCUUUUUUUUUCCCUUUUUUGUAUAUUUUGUUCUGUCUGAAUGACAGAGUUUUUUGCUCAAUAUUAAGCAUUGCAGGCAUUUUAAAUAGUGCUUUUCUCCUCUGUGAAGAGUGUGUAAGUAUGACUGUGUUUAGCGCGUUUGUUUGGUUAAUCUAUGUAUUCUGUAUUUUCUGAAAAGACAAUCAUUCGAGAGGUUUUCUGCAACCAUUAGGGUACAUUUGAUGGAUCAACAAUGUGAACAAGGAAAAACAGAACAGAGAGUUCUGAAGAAAAAGAAUCCUUGUUAUAAAACUAUUGUAUAUUUGUUUUUCAUGAGAGCUUUAUGAAGAAGAGAAAAAAAAAACACCAUAGAUCCAUAUAGAGUAUGGACCACAUGGCUUAUUGAAAAUGGACAAACUAGCUUGGAAGGAGAAAGUACCGUCUGACUGAGGACAAAAACACAGUGAGGAAUGGACUCUGAUCUGGAGCGAGAGGGUCAUUGUUGCCCUCGGUUGCCUUCUUUGGGUUUCUCACUCCGUCUAGUCACUGCUGGAGCUCCAGUUUAUUGUUUACUGUAUGUACUUGUCUCAUAUUGUUUACCAGAUAUUUAUAUCAAUCAGCUUCAAGCUCAGACGUUCCGAACAUCACUAGUGACAAAUGCUAUGAAUCACAUUAAAACGUUGUGGCACCUUU